AUGUUUAUGGACAGUGAGUCGGAUGACUCGCCAGAGAUGGAUGAAGCCCACAGGUUGAAGGCCACCCAUGUGCCGCUCUUCGUGGCCCUUUGCGUGGAAGCGCUCUUCUGCUUCCUGAUGACUCGUUUCAUCAUCGAGGACGACCAACAUACUUCCCCGAUGGAAAGCUUCUUCAUCGCGCCGGAGGAGGACUUCCUAAUGCUGAUCUGGCUUGUGUUUCUCGUGGCAGCUGCUGGGCGUCUGCUCUGCCUUGCUUGGUCGCACAUCGAAAUCCUCAGACGCCGCAGAGGGCGGCUCUCUGCUGUGCUGUUCAUGAUCUUUGGCACAGUGCACUGGUCGAUACUUCUGACGGCCUACUACAUCGAGUACGAUGCAGCCAGUCCUGUGGAAAAGUCGCACAAGGUGAACUUGAAGAUUGACGCGGUGCCGGUUUACGUCACCCGCGAGCAUGGCCCGGCUUUCACCGAGUGCUUGAGCCCCGGCACGUCUUAA